AACUUUCUCCGUUGUGUGCUCUCUCUCUCUCUAGAACCUCCUAGAUUUGGUGAUUGGAAGAAUCGGAGUUAGGGUUUAUUGGACUGGUUUUGAGGAGUGAGGAUUCCGCUGUAGGGGAGUUUGAUUGAUUUUCCGGAUCCUGAAUUGAGGUCAAGGAAGAAUUUGGUACGAAAUAUGAAGAGAACUGCAUACAGUUUGAGUUCAGGCUGAGUGCUUCGAGAAAUGUCAGACUUGUGCAUGUAUAAUUUUGAAGGUAUAGCUUGGGAUGAAUUUUGCUUUAGUGGUGACCAUAUAGUGCCACAUCCUGGUUCUAAAAGGCUUGAUGAACAUUUCAUUCUGGGAGAAAGCCACAAGAAACCCCGACGUGAAUUAACUAGUAGUUCUGAUUACAGUGGAGAUAGAUCUGUUGAGGGAUAUGUGGACCAGGGGAGAGAACAAGGGGGAUUUUCAAGUCUGAGUAAAAGAAGAAACAGUAUGCUGGAAAAAGAUUCAUGGCCCCUACCAAAAAAUCGUGCAUUUACUUCUGAAUCUGACAGCGACCCAGCAGAAGCAUCAAGUUUAACUUCUGCUAAUUCCAUGCCGUCGAGUCGUAGCUUAAAGAUCAAUAGUGCAGGCUUUGAUGUCUGUGGCCACAAUAGCAUUCUUGGUGACAAGACCUCCAUAGUUGAUAACAACUCUUUUAGUUAUCCACUUGGUGGCAUAAAUCAGAACGGCUGUGAUCUCAAUUUCUUUGAAAAUGCUGAGAACAAAGAUUCUAGUGAAUUCCUGUGUUAUGGUUGGCCUGAAAUAGGGAACUUUGAAGAUGUUGACAGGAUGUUUAGAAGUUGUGAUUCAACAUUUGGUCUUGGGGUCAGUAAAGAAGAUGAGUUGGGUUGGCUAUCAUCAACAGAUGAUCUAGGAGGGUGCGGAGACUUGCUGAAGUUAGAUGUUAAGUUUCCAUGUCCAGAGCCAAAUGUAAUGGAAAAGAUCUCAGAAAACCAUGACUCCUCGAAGGUCUAUUCUACAAAUGAUUCUGCUAUGACUACACCCAUUGGAUACAAGAACAGUUCUUCGAACUCAGCGAAAACUGAUUCCUAUACGUCUUUUGUAAUUGAACCUGCUCCACUUGAUAGAAAAGAUGGAUUUAUCCCUCACAGGCAGGGAGGAGCUAAUGGAAAAAUUCAGCCAGCAAUUUCGAUUAACAGCCCCUCAAGAACUGGUGGUGCUUCAAUGAAUAAUAUGCAAACAAAGCAAAUCAAUCUACAGAACCACUCUGGGGCAAGAAGCAACGAAGGUUAUCUUGCAAAUGGCACUUUCAGUCAUAUAAGUGGUCUAGCAAAUGAAGUAAUGCAGCUUCCUUCUCACCAGGCUUUCCGAUCUGUUCAUUUGGAACAGCAACAAGAUGCUCCUUUUCCUGAUUCUUGUAAUUAUUUACAGAAUCCUAUCUCUUAUGUGUGUUCAGAUAACAGUCAUUUAUCUGAUCCAGCUUCAGUAAAUGUUAAACCAUCAUCUGUCAAAUCUGAAACUAAUGGCUUAACAUCUGUUUUGCCAAGAGACUCAUCCCAUACAACCCCGCAAGUGCAGUGUACCGAGAGUUUCCGUGACCCACCUUUUGAGGUCUCUGCUCUAGCAACAUGUGAACAAGGAGAACGACAACAUAGUUGUCAAAGUAGUCGAUCUCUAAUGGACAGCGGCCUAGAAAAUGGAAAUGUGACACUGCAGGCCUCCAUGUUCAAUCCUUUUUCAGUGGGUAAAUAUGAGAAUCAUAGUGAUCCAGAAGGAGGCAGCUCAGGGACUCCAGCAGAAUUAGGUUCCUUAAACAUACAAGAACGAGCGGCAUUGGAUGAUAUUUCACUAGAAGCAGCUACUUUUCGCCAGCUUCAGCUUGUUAUGGAGCGGUUGGAUUUGAGAACAAAGUUAUGCAUAAGGGACAGUUUGUACCGUUUGGCUCAGAGUGCUGAACAAAGACAUAACCAUGCAAACCUGCAUGCUGGUUGUGGAGAUAAAAGAGAUGCCACAAAUGAAGCCUCUGUGGCUGAAGGAACGGACAAGUGCACCGGUUUCAUGGAUAUGGAAACAAAUACAAAUCCUAUAGAUCGUUCAAUCGCACACUUAUUGUUUCACAGGCCUUCAGGUCAAUCUAACCCACCUCCCCAUGAUUCAUCUCGUUCCAAGUCAUCUAGUGCGGUUCAUGGGUCUGUUGCUAGUCCACCUGUAUGGGCUGAGAAUUUGGUAGGCAAAGAAACCUUUUUUGAAGUAGAGAAGGUCUCUUGAUCGGUUGAUUGCUUGUACUACAGUGAUCGAGAGAAUAUUGCUUCAGCAGAGUGAAAUUGCCAUGCACCAUGUACAGAAAUGCUCUCCAGCAUAAAAGACAGAUUAUCUCAUAUUUCUUAUGUCAUAUUUUAGUUUUUCUUGUUUUUAAUCUACUUUCGUGCCCUUUGUAACAGUUUGAUAAGUUAUUCCAUUUUCUGGAGAAUGAAUUUUUCUGAUGUUGCCAUCUCUAAGUUCACUAUUCUGUACCUGCUGGUGUGAUCU